ACCACUGAUGCCAUCCCAUCGCUUUGCCGACGGAUGCUGCUAUCCCUAGUUUCUAUAGUCCGUUCAUAAGGCGCGCACGUUAAAGAUGAGCUCUUCCAAACUUACCGUUGCCGAAGUGAGCGAAUCCUUGCAGCGAUUUGGCAUAGCGGACUAUAUCGUUUUCGUCGCCAGCCUGUUAGUAUGUGUAGUGAUCGGUGUGUACUUUGGGUGGAAAGAUUGGAGAGUACAGCGAAAGCGAAAACAGAACGUACGGCGUGGGUCAGAAGCGCUCAACUACCUGGUCGGUGGUAGAAAGAUGAAAAUUUUCCCAGUUGCAAUGUCUCUGAUUGCUAGCUUCAUUUCCGGCAUUGCGGUUAUGGGUGCGUCCACCGAGACGUAUCUGCACGGGACACAGUUUUGCUACGUCUUUACCGCGAUCAUUUUGAUGGCGUUCAGUAUGAACUUCAUAUUUUUGCCCGUGUACCAGGGUCUGGAAAUAACGUCUGCAUAUGCCUAUCUGCAGUUGCGGUUCGAUCGAAGAAUACGACUGCUCGGGUCAGGACUGUUCACUCUGGCAACGCUACUUCACCUUCCGAUCGUCAUUUAUGUACCUGCUUUGGCAUUCAAUCAGGUGUCUGGCGUAAAUGUACACAUAGUGUCUACUAGUGUCUGCAUGGUGUGCAUAUUCUACACUUUGGUGGGUGGCAUUAAAGCGGUCGUUUGGACGGAUGUGAUUCAAAUGUUCAUCAUGAUUGGUGCCUUGAUCUUGAUCGUCAUCAAGGGAACAGCCGACAUUGGUGGUCUUGGAGUACUGAUCGAAAGAAACCUGGCAAGCGGAAGAUUUGAACCUCCAAAUUUUAGUGUGGAUCCAACCGAACGGCAUACGAUCUGGGCCAUCUUUAUUGGGGGCGGGUGCUUUUGGAUGGGCAAAAAUGCAAUCCAUCAAAUGAUGAUCCAACGAUAUCUGGCAUUGCCUACCUUUCGUGACGCACAGAAAGCUCUCAUAUGCUUUACGGUUGGUAUAAUUCUACUACUGAUGACCUGUUUCUACAACGGGCUGCUGAUAUACGCGACAUUCUAUGACUGUGAUCCACUGACCACGGGAUUGGCAAAGGCUAAGGAUCAACUAUUGCCAGUACUACUGAUGAAGGUGCUUGGAAAUUAUCCCGGACUGGCGGGUUUGUUCAUAUCCGGCAUAUUUAGUGCCUCGCUCAGCUCACUGUCCACCGGACUUAAUUCACUUUCGGCGAUCGUGCUGGAAGAUUUCGUAAAGCCUUUCGUUAAGAAACCUCUGAGCGAACGAAGCACCCGGUACAUAAUGCGUGGAACCGUGCUAGCAUUUGGAAUCGUGGCUGUCGUUUUGGUGCUGGUGGUAGAAAAACUUGGUACCGUGUUACAGCUCUCGAUGAGUUUGGUACCGAUUUCGUUGGGUCCAUUGUUGGGAUUGUUUCUGCUGGGAAUGUUGCUGCCGUGGGUUGAUUCAACCAGUGCGUUCGGUGGAGCUAUAUGUGGACUGUUCACCAUGUCGUACAUCGUCAUUAGGGCACAAAUAGCGGUAGCUGCGAAGGAGAUGCUGAUUCCCGCGAAACCCGUAUCGGUGGAAGGAUGUGAGUACGAAUUCGUACUGCCACCGGGACAUAACACAUCCGCAACGCUUCCAACACAACCGAUAGAAAAGUCCAUCCAUCACGUGUCCUACCUGUUCUACACAUUCAUUGGUGCCGUGACGACCGUACUCGUCGGUUCCAUUUCCUCCGCCAUUUUGCGACGUCAGCAGCCGAACAAAUUAGAUCCGUUGCUGGUUGCUCCGUUUGUCAGAAAGAUAUAUUUCCCAGCAUCUAUACCGCGCACCAUUAUUACGACGCACACCUUUAAUAAAGAAGAUACCGAACUGUACAACAUGGUGUUUCUCGAGUACCGUGCGUCACGCUUAUGUGGCGCUUAUCCAUACCACAAUCGGAUUACACGUGAAAGUGGUGUUGAAUGGUAAUGAUCAAAAGUCAAGAGGCAAAAGUCUUAUCAUAUCUGUAAGAUGGGCUGGUCGGUUGACUAUUUCCGUCUUUGAUGGAUGCUAAGCUGCAUCCAUGGGCAACGUUGACAUAGGGGCAUUAUUUAUGCACCUUCCCGUUGGUGGCUUAUCUCUCGGUCCGUCGGUAGCUGCUGACAUUGUUGAUUAGCCUAGUGGUUGAGAAAGUUGGCGUUUCACUCUUGCUCAGUUGCCCAGCAGUUGCAUCGCAGAACGUUGUGCUAGUCAGCGAGUUCUUCCAGUACACUACUCUGGAUGAUCAGAAGGUGUUAAGUCGGUAGAUCGUCCUGGGAAGCAGCGCGUGCUUUAGGCGAGUCCUAAUUUUGUGAACCUAAGCCAACGGUUAGCGUCGGAACCCAUACCUACGGAAUUACUGUUCGGAAUAAA